GUUCCGGUUGGCGGUGCUGAUGUGGCCGCUCCUGGCUGUGAAAUCGGCUGAGAAACCGAGACAGAGGCAGAGAGAGAGAUCGCGGAGCCAGGGACAGCGCCAGUCCCGUCCCGCUGCACCCGACUCGGGCAGACUCCCUGCCGCGGCCCACAGCAGGGCUCAAGUUCCACCAUGCUGAGCCGUCUGUCAGACCUGGCGAAGGGUGUCAACACCGUGCUGCAGGAUCUUUCAGGGGAUGAUAGUGGAGACGGGACCAGUGUUUCUCAGGAAGUGGAGACCAAUCAGCAGCCAGAGGUAGAGGCCUGUGCUAAGGUAUCAGAGGAUGUGUCGGAGCGUCUGGCACAGACUGAGCAGCUUGUGGUUCAGCUCAAAGAACUCAUACGUGAGAAAGACUUGCAGCUUCAGAGUAAAGAGAUCACAAUUAAGGAGGAGAAGGAGCUGUUUGAUGCCAAAUUGGCAAAACUAAAGCUGCAGGCAAAAGCAAAGGUUGUCUCAUUAAAUGCCCGGAUUGAGGAACUACAGAAACAAACAUUAUGCAUACCAUCAUCACAGCCAGAGGAGCAUACUACUGAGGUGCAUCUAAUACAAAGCUCCACAUCUGAGCAGCAAGAUGAAAUCAAGAAACUUAAGAAUCAACUUGAGCAGCAGGAGGAGAACUGUAGGACCCUGCAGACAGCUCUAGAUAGUACAAAGGACCAACUUCAAGCUACCAAUGAACUUCUGAAGCAGAAAGAGACUGAACAUGCACAGCAGCUCCGUUCUGUUCAAGACGUCAUUCUUGAAAAGGAUGCACGAUUCCAAGAGCACAUUCAGAAACAUGAGGAAGAGCUCAUGCAGCUGGCAUCUGGAUCUGAGAUAAACAAAGAAUUGCAGCAGAUGGUGAAAUCAUUACAAAGAAAAGUGGAAGAGAACGAGGAAGCACUGCUGGGCCGGACCCGUGUGGUGGAGAUGUUACAGCAGGAACUGAAUGAUACUGAUCAGAAAAAACAGGUCCUUGGGGAAAAGCUGCAGGAGGCCGAGGCCAACAUUGCUAUGUUACAAACUGCACUAGAAUCCGAGAAAUUAUCAGCCGAAACGCGACUGAGGAAAGUGACUGAGAAAUAUGAGACUGAGUUAAUGGAGAAGAAUUAUAUUGCUACACAGAUGCAACAGGCACUGCAAGAUGCUCAGUCAUCCUGUACUGAUCUGACCGCACAAAACCAAAAGCUGCAAAGUGUGAUAGAAGACCAGGAGAGAAUGUGCAAAAAAUUGACUGAUGAAAUAAAGGAGGUGCAAGAUGGAGCGAAGAAUGUUGAAGCAAAUGAGCAAUCAGAAGCUAAACAAACAUCACAGAGCGAGACAUCUGACAGAGUCCAGGAGCUUGAAGAGAAAGUGCAAUUACUACAGACUGCUGUUGAGGAACAGGAAGUGGCAUCGCAGAACAGAUUGGCAGAACUGGAAGAGGAGAAGGGAAGUCUGAUGUGGAAGACAAUGGAUUAUGAAGAAGUCAAGACUGAAAACGAACAUCUGCGAGCUAGGAUUAAAGAACUAGAACAAAGUUGGGGAACUGAGGCAUUGGCUCAGAGUGCUCCAGGGAACAUUCAGCAUGCGGACCCUGGCAGCAAUAUUUUGGACACUGUAGUACUGGAGCAAGCGACACAGUCUGGAGACAGUUCACUUGGCAAUACAGGGCAGACAAACAAAGCAGGGGUUCUUCAGGACAAUGCUGAAUCAGAACCAAAAGCAGCAGAUCUGACAGAAGUUCAGCACGAUAAUGCAGAGGUCGGGGAGUGCAGAGAUCUCGAUUCCUUACAGAGGGCUAUCUCUGAUAAAGAUAAAGACCUGGCGACUGUUACACAGCAACUAGCAGAAGCUAAGAAGGAAAUAGCAAGGCUCAACCAACAGCUGUUCGACAAACCAGGGAGUGUGCGACUAGAAGAUGGGACUGGCUCCCAAGUAGAGGCAGCGGAUGUGAAUCAGUUUCUGUCCCUUGGACAGAAGGUCAUGUCAAUAGCUGAUAAGAAUAUUAAUGUGUUGAUACAGGAGAAGGAAGGAAAGAGCUUUGUCACACUAAUGGAAGACAGCAUGAAUUCAGGCAGUGAAAUAGAAUGCACCAAUAUUUCAGUGGAAAUAGAGGGGAAGACUACCUCUGUCGUACAGGUAGAACAAAGGAGUACAACAGUUGUCCAUCUGGAUGAGAACACCUACUCCACCACAGAGCUGUACAGUUCUGGGGAGCAUCUCGAAUCUAGUUCCAUUUCACAGCAGGGAUUGCAGAUGGUCUCAGGAAAGGAGCAAGAUGAUGAGAUUGUUAGAAAUGUUCAUGGGUUUCGAAUGAUUGAGAAUGAAGAGUUUGAGAAACUACAAACUCGCAUACAGGAACUUGAAAAGAACCUGGAAGCAGCAGAGACCUUGUACAGAAGGCAGCUGAAUGACAAGCAGGAGGAAUUUAUGAGCUUAAAUCAGAAAGUUUUGAGUUGUGAGAAAGAGGCUGAGAAUGCAAAGGAAACCAUCAAUAAUCUGAAUUUAGAAAAGGACCAGCUCCUCAGUCAGAUUCAGCAGUAUGAAGAGGAGUUACGUUCAGUAUCUGAGCUGAAAGAAAAACUGACCAAAGCUGAGGAGAAUGCAGCAAAUGAAGAGAAGAGGCGGCUUUUGUUUUUGGAGCAAACAAGCAGGCAGAGUGGCUUGUUGGAAGAGCAGCUUCACAGUGCAGAAAAUGAAUCGAGGUCAAAAGACAUGAAAAUUGAAGCCUUGGAGAAGGAGCUGGAUGCUAUCCAGUGUCAGGUCUCUGAGCAUGAUGUAGAGGCUAAAGCUAUUAAAGCACAGUUGCAGGAGAAAGAAGAAGCAAUCUUGAACUUGAAGCAGCUCAUAAUGGAUGAGGAGUCCAAAGUUGAGGAGUUCAUGCAGAAGUUAGCUUCCAAGGAGCAGGAACUGUUGAGUGUGCAACACAGCCUGUCUGAGGAAACCAGCAAAACUCAACAGCUUCAGACCAGUCUGACAGCAAGGGACAUUGAAAUGGCUGAGCUUACCAUGAGCAUGUCUGAGAAAAUGGUCGCAUUGAAUGAAGACAAAUUUUCCCUGGGUAACGAAGUAAAACACUUGAAGGAGCAGCUUUUAUUGCUGCAAAAAGAACAGGAGGGAAUUGGAGGCCAGGAGAAACCCAUAGUUGAGACCAAACUGUCUCCUCAGAAGGAACAGAUGGACCUCCUACAAAAUAAUGCUUCCGGGUUUGAAUUGUUGUUGAAAGAGAAAGACAGUUUGGUGAAGCAAGUGGAAAAUCUGAAGACAGAAAAUGAACAGGUAAAAAGAAAGCUGCAAGCUGCUUUGAUAAAGAGGAAGGAGCUUCUGAAGAAAGUGGAAGAAAUGAAUCAGGAAGCACAGAAGAAAGACCUCCAUGCAGAGGAACUCUCAACAAUGGUGCCUGGGUCAGAACGCAGUGACCUUGUAUCUCCAGAGUUGCUGAGUCCAUCCAAAGAAGCACAAUCCCAGGAUCCACAUACAGUUGACUUGAUUAGGGCACUUUCUGAAAAAGAAGCAGAUUUGCAGCGUGUUAACGAAAAUCUGCAAGAUCAAGCAGCCAAAGUUAUUCAGCUUCAGAAUUUGGUAGAAGCUUUGAAGCAAGACCUACAGGAAAAAACAGAUUGUGUGAAUUCUCUGGAAGCUGAUAUAUUUGCCAAGCAGUUAACAAUUCAACAGCUAACGUCACAGCCUGAGGUGGAAAAGAAGUGUGUCGAGCAUGAGGGUACUGAAGUAGAUUCUGGAAGGAAUGUAGAUGAGUCCAUCACCACAAUGGAAGGCUUGGCAAAAGGUAAACAAACUGAGCUUGAGUUGAAGCUUUUCACCCUGGAGCAGGAAAAAGAUCAGCUACAGAAGAAGCUUGAGGAGGCUGUGAGUUCACGCAAGGACAUGAUCAAAAAGGUCCAGGAAAAGAACAGACAUCACAGGGAGCAAGUGAAACAACAGAAAGAGGAGUAUAAUAUCCUGCUGGAGAAUUUUAAUGAGCAAUGUCUGGAGAAAGCAAGCAUCUGUGAGGAACUUUCAAAAGUGAAAGAGCGGCUACGGUUAUUAGAAGAGAAACGUUCUGUGAAUGUGGAAUUGCAGGCAGGGAAGCCACUUCAUGAGGAUAAUGUCCCAAAGGCAGAUCAGCAUUCGGGCUGGAGCUGUGAGGAGAUAGAACCUUCAAAAGUAGAACCAGUUCAGACAUUCGUAGGUCUAUCUGAAUCAAGGAGUGACGAUAUUUUGGUGGCACAGUUAAAAGAAGAACUCCAGAUGUUACACAGAGAGAAGGACAGUAUUAUGUUAAAACUGGAGCACUCAGAAAAUCUUGAACAAAGAGCAAGGGAAGAAUCAACAGAGUUUCAAGAUCAAAUUUCUGAGCUGCAGAGAACCCACCACUUGGAGAAAGAGGAAUUACUUAAAGAACUUGAUCUUCUGAAGAAGAGGAAGCAAGAAAUGGAAACAGAAGGCCUUAAAGUAGCUUUAGAGAGAGCCAACGCUGAAAGUUCUGUCUCUGAACACUUGGCCACACUAAACAAGGAAUAUGAUGAACUAAAGAACAUUUUGCAGAAAAAGGAUGAAGAAGUAGAAUAUUUCCAGAUACAGUUGAAGGAAAAAGAUGUACUCCUCAACAACCUGCAACAGAAGAUAUCUGACAAGGAAGAGCUUGUCAGAGAUUUGGAAAUGCAAAUAGAACAGCAAACCAAAGAACACGAAGAACAGAGAAAACAGUUGCAAACAGAGAUUCUGGAAAUUCAACAGAAGCAAGAAGAAGAUACUGAAGAGGCUAAGUCCAAACAGCAAAUACAGAGGAAGCUACAAGCUGCCCUCAUCUCACGUAAAGAAAGUUUGAAGGCAAAUAAGUUGCUGAAGGAAGAGCUGGCUUCUGUAACGACAUUGAAAGAAGAACUAAGUAGCAAGGUGAGAGAAAUGGAGAAAACCACUGAGGAUCUGAGGCAAGACAAAGAAGACUUACUGGCAAAAAUGUCGAAUCUCCAAGACCAAAAUGAAAAAUUAAUCACAGAAGUGGAUAAGUCACUGACUGAAAAUCAGAAUCUCAGUGCUUCAUGUGAGAGCUUGAAGCUGGUCAUUGAUAGUGUUACAUUGGAGAAAGGAAGCUUGCAGCAGGAGAUUGAAUUCUUGAAAGGAGAACAAGUAGCUGAGAGCUCAGAGUGGCAACGCAAACACAGUGACCUACAGAAGGAAUACGAGACCCUUCUACAGUCUUAUGAGAAUGUUGGUGGUGAGACUGAAAGGAUACGUCGUGUGCUGGAUGUUAGCAAGCAGGAGAAUCAAGAGCUGCUUUGUAGGAUUCGAGAAACUGAGGCUCAGAAGCUAGAAUUAGAAAAGCAAGUUCAGGAGGCUGCUCAGGAGCAGGAGGGAAUGAAAGAGAAAAUGAGGAAGUUUGCUAAAUCGAAGCAGCAGAAAAUUAUGGAACUUGAAGAAGAAAUUGAGAAGCUUCAGUCAGAGCAACAGCCUGAAACGAGUAGCCAGAUUAAGCCAUCUAUAACCCCUGACUCAACAGAAAAUCAGCUUCAGGAAGAGCUGCAGAAAGCAGUGAGGGAAACUGAAAAGGUUAUGAAUGAACUCGAGAUAUUGAAAGCUCAAAAGGAUUCUUUAGAUUCGGAGGUGAUUACAUUGAGGCAGCAGCUGAAGGAUGUGUCUGAAAAGCUGGAAAUAAGUGAAGAAGAAUUGGAGAAAAUUCGCAGUCGUGUCGUUCAAGGGCAGGAAGUUCAGAUGGAAGAAGCAGUUGUAGCAUCCCUUGCUGCAGAGGUUAAACAAGAAUUCAGCAACAAAUUGGGUUCUGCUGUAGAGUCAACUGCAACCCAUGCCUCUCCUGAGGGCUCACAAGAAGUCUGUGAUCCCAGGGUCCUUGAUGAAAUUGCCAGUUGCCGACUGGAAUUGUCACAGCUGACAGAAAAACUAACACAGAUGGAAACUGACAAACAAAUGCUCGAGAACAAGAUGAGUGAAUUGAAGAAAACGAGUCAGCUUUUGAGAACUGAGAAGGAGACUUUGGAAGAACAACUGCUUAAGAGUCAGGACGAAUUGAAACUAAUGCAAAAGUCUGUCUCUGAGCAGGAGAAGGAUAACCACCAGAUGAUUCAACAAGUAGAAGAGUUAAAGAAGGAAAAAGCAGCUGCAGAGUCAGAUAAAGAUGACUUGGAAGAGCGAUUAAUGAAUCAGUUAGCAGAACUCAAUGGUAGCAUUGCUAACUAUCAACAGGAAUUGAAAGAUGACAGUGACAAAAUUUCAUGCCUAGAACUAACUGUGAAAAACAACCAGAAGCAUAUAGAUAACCUGGAAGAAGAGGUGAGGCAGCUCAAGAGCGAGAAGGCAGAAUCUGCAGCCAAGAUGCAAAAAGAUUUUGAGGAAAAAGUCAAGUCAAUGCAAAGAGGAAAAGAGGGCCGAAAGGUCCACAACAAAGAACUGCAGGAGCUGCUUAAGGUAAAACAGCAAGAGGUAAAGCAGCUACAGAAAGAUUGUAUCCGUUACCAGGAGAAAAUCAGUGAUCUGGAAAAGACCGUCAAGGCACUGGAAUUUGUUCAGCAAGAAACUCAGAAGAAUUUGGAUGCUGCGAUAAAGGAAAAAUCAGCAAAAAUUGAGGAAUCCAAAAAGACUGAAGCAGAGUUGUUUUCCUAUAAAGUCCGACUGGAUGAUACCCAAAGUGAGGCGGCUAGGAUCCUAGCUGACAACCUGAAACUGAAAGAAGAACUCCAAACUAAUGAGGAAAAGGCCCGAGAGCAAGCUCACAGCAUGGAAGAAGAACACAAGCGAAAACUUAACCUAGAACAAAAUGAACAUAGAAAGCAGCUAAGAAAUAUGCAAGAGAAAUUGGAGCAUUUGGAACGGGAGAAGAAGCAUGCUGAAGACUCUAUUGUUGAGCUGAAGGACAUCUUGGAAAAGAAGAAACAGGAAACCAGUAAAAUUCAAACCGACUUCAAUGAAAAUUUGGCAAAGCUGGCAGCCUUCACUCGUAGCAUGUCCUCUUUACAGAAUGAUCGGGAUAGAAUCAUUGAUGAAUCCAAGAAGUGGGAAAUCAAGUUCAAUGAUGCGAUCCUGAAGAAAGAGGAAGAGAUCAGGGAUAAGGAAGACAACUGCAAUGAGCUGAAGGAGCAGCUAAGACAGGCGUCUAUUUACAGCGAGGAACUGGAAAUCAAGCUUUCAAGAUUGGAGCAGAGUGAACAGGAAUGGGAAUCAAAGUUCAAGUCUGAAGAAGAGGUUCAUAGGCAGAUGGUGAAAAAGGUUGAGGAUGAAAACCAACAGCUCUUCUCAAAAUCAGAAGAAUUCCAGAAGCUUCACAAAGAUUCUCAGAAUGAGCUACUGAAAAUAACAGAAGAGGUUAAGAGCCUGAUAGAAAAAAAUGCUGUUUUAAGCAGCUCUCUAGAGAAGCUUGAGACAACCAGAGGCGAGCUGGAAGAAAACCUGAGGCAGAGAGAGGCAGAAGUGCAAAAUUACAUGUUGACCUGUGAGCAGCUUCAGUCUGACCUCCAGAGCUCCAAAUCUUUAACUGAUAAGCUGCAUAAAGAAAUUGGAGAAAAAGAGGAAAAGAUUGUUUCACUCCUGGCAGCUAAAGAGGAGGCUGUUGCUAAUGUUAUCAGUGAGGCCCAGCAGCAGCAUGCUGAAGACAUCAGGCACUGGGAAUGUCGGAUUCAGAAGAUAGAAGAUGAGAAAUUGGAGGGAGAGCGAGCAGUCCAAAAACUGCAGAAAGAAACUGAAGAUCUGGAUGCAAAACUGAAAAGAACUGAAGCUGAAUUAAAGCAGAGCAAUGUAAAGCUAGAGUCUUUCACAAAGUCCAUGGCCUCCCUCCAGGAUGACCGGGAGAGAGUGUUGAGCGACUACAAACAACUCGAACAUAAACACAUUGAGGUGAUUGUAGAAAAAGACCACCUGAUUCAAGAGGCUGCGACAGAGAACAACAAACUUAAGAAUGAAUUAAGGAGCCAGCAAGGGCAGAAGGACGAUUUGAACUCAGAAAAUGCCAAACUCAAUGCACAGCUCUUGCAGUACAGAGAGGACCUUAACCAGGUGAUUUCAAUGAAGGAUUCUCAGCACAAGCAGUUGCUAAAAACUCAACUUGAGAGAAUUAAAGCAUUGGAGAGUGAGAAAACUGACCUCGAGAGACUGUUAAAAGAAGUGGAACAUGGAUCAGAUGAACUCAGUCAAGAGAACAAAGCUCUGAAGGACGAGAAGCAAAAUCAGAAGGAACAGUUGCAGUUAGCAGAGAAAACCAUUGGCGAGCUGAAGGAAGAGGUGGAAAAGUUAACAGUUGGUGGGCCUGUGCAGCUGCUUCAGCGUCAGUUGGAUGAGAAGACUGCGGAGGUGGAAAAACUGGUCACCAGCCUCUCCUCCAUGCAGGACAAGGUCACUGAGCUUGAGUUGAAAGUGGUCACAGUUGAGAAUGAAACUGAGCAAAAACUCCGCGCCACUGAAGUUCGGUACGAGAAGGAACUCCAGAAUCUGCAGCAUAAUGCCGGCAUCAUGAGAAACGAAACCGAAACAGCAGAGGAAAGAGUGGCUGAACUUGCCAGGGACCUCAUGGAGACCGAACAGAGAUUACGGGAAUCAAUUGAAGAGGUUGAGCAGUUCAAGGCACAGAAUCUGUCUUUUGGGAAAGCCAUGAGUUCUUUACAAGUCAAUCGAGACCAUCUCCUUGGGCAACUUGAGGAGUUACAGAAAAAAUACACGAAUGAUUUUGAGAUGGAGAAGAACAGGAGUGAAGGCUUAAAACAAGAGCUAAGCCAGUCCAAAAUCAAUUUCCAUAAUCUGCAGGAAGAGAAGGAUCAUUUAUCAUCAGAGCUGGCAGCUAUGAAGAGCAGUACCAUUGAGGACAAUUUGCGGAUUCGCAUUGAUGAACUGAGCAAGCAGCUGUUGUCCAAAGAGCAGGAUGUGCAUGAUUUAACCUUGGAACUAGAAAGCUCAGCCAAUCAACUGAAAGCAUUCUCCAAGACUGUGACAACAUUACAAGAGGAGAGGGACAGACUGAUGGAUACAGUGGCCAAAAGCAAGAAAGUUCACGAAGUUAGGCAGGGUUCUGCAUCAACGUCUUCAAAGCCAAGUGAAGUGCAGAGUCUGAGAAAUGCUUUGUCUUCAUUGCAGAAUGACCGUGAUAGACUGCUGGAGGAGUUGAAGAACCUGCAGAAGCAGUAUGUGCGGAUUGGGGAGGAGACAGCUGAACUGUCACAACUCCGGACACAGCUCGAAGCCCAGAACCAACAGAUUGCCGAAUACAGAGACACCCAAGAGCAACUGAAGAAGGAGAGUGUUUCCUACCAUGAGGAGCUUGGACAGCUAAGAUCUGAGAAGUCAUCUUUUACCAAACAGUGUGAGAGGCUGAAAGAACAGUAUCUGAUUGCUGUGUCAGAUAAGGAUAAACAGAUCCAAGAGCUUCAGAGCCUGUGCCAGGAGCUACGGCUGAAGGUGACACAACAGGCACCUGAAGACACAGCUAAUCCUGGAGAGAUUCUUAAAGGUCUGCAGACUGAGAACAGUCAGCUGAAGUCCCAGCUGAACAACAGCUUAAAAGAGCUCCAUCAGAAGGAACUUCGCAUCCAGAAACUCAACAGCAAGAUAUCGCUGGUGUUUGAGGAGAAGGUUGCACUCUCUGCUCAGCUGCGAGGAACUGGCCAGAGUCUGCGUGACACGCAGCAUCGAUUUAACGAGUUACAGGCACGUCACCUAACUCUGGAACAGCAGCUACAGUCUUCGGCAGAUCUACUGGAAGAGAAGAAGUUGAACCCCAUGACAGAUGCUGCCCCAGGUGGCCCUCAGGAGAAGGGGCAGGAUGAGGAGCAUGUCAAGGAGCUGGAACUCAGACACCUGAAGCAAAGGCUGCUUGAAGCUAAACAGAUGCACGACAGAACUGAGCAAGAACUCAACCAAUUGGAGGGUUCGCUUGCUGAAGAACGGGAAAAGCGAUUAGCUGCUGAGGAAGCCCUGUUGUCAGCAGAGCAUCGACUCAAAAGUGUGGAGCUAAGCGAGUGGGUCAAUGCCCAGGAGCGAAGCCUCAAUACCUCAGCAAUGGAGGAGCAUUCAAUGCUAAUCGAGCUGCCAGAAAGUGCCACUCCCAGCAAGACUCGGAGGGGCUCCAGAGUGAGGUCGUUUUGUUCUCUGCUUCAAACACGGUCUCGGACCAAGUUGCUGUUUGCUCUGUAUUUCAUUGCAUUGCACGCUCUUGUUCUCCUGUGCUUCACCGGGAAUCUCUAAACUCGACAAUGCUUGGUGCUGAGGGCUGGACGGGACUCGUGGGCAGGAAGCUGACAGAGUCCAGUAAUAAAAGUUCAUCCCAGGAGCAACAACCUUAUCCGUAGUUGGAGCUGAGACUGUUUUGCCUUCUAUGAGAUUUUCGUCUGAUUUCCUCUCUGCACAACAUUGCUUUUGCUAGGGGUAUUUUUGUAUGCUGCUUUGAUGGGUGACAGUGUUGUUGUUUUGCAGUGCUGGAGGGAGAGUUGAUCUUGGGGCUCAUCCUAGACAAUAACUCAGGAUUAGGCCAUUAGGCCUAUUAUAGGUCGCAGAUCAACGUGGGUGGAUCAGAAGAGUGUGACUGCUGCCAAGCAGCUCCCCUCUUACACUGAUCUCCUCUAUGUUAUCAGCCAUGUGAAUCAACAUGUUUACCCUCUUUCCUUUCUCAAGGGAGGAAUGUUCCCCACUGACGAAGUACAAUAGCUGUUUCCAAUUCUGUACACAUUCCAACACUAAAAUGUAGAUGUGCUGAAAGUAAUUUGCAGUACUGGCUAAGCUCCAGCAGAUGGUAGUGUUGCACCACAAAGUGCACUACAGACGGCUGCAGCAGGGCGAUGAGACAAUGCCCUGGAGGGGGAAGCGACUGAACCCUGCUAUAAAUAUAUAAAACACUACGAAACAACUCGGAUCUCUAAGGAAGGAGAGGAUGAAGGAGGUGGACAGGAGAAUAAACCAAAGUGAGAUCCUUCCCAGCAGAUUGUAGUGCAGACAGAGAGAAUUUGCAGCUCUCGGUUAAGUAUGUGGAUAGAUUUAGGGAAAAUGCUGGCAUUACACAGCAGGUCAUGCUACGGCAGAGGGAGAUGAUUGUGAUGGAAGAUGCAGCAAUUCACUUCGGUUCAGGUGCACUGGACACACGAUCCCAAAUAUUUUUUAACUAGUUUCAGCUACAUCUCAUUGCCUGUCAGCUGGUUGACAAGUGCCUUCCUAUUACACGUUUACACUUUAUUCAUUUAAACUCCUCGUGGUUUGCAACUCAUCUUUGGAAUUGUUCUGACUCCAGAACAGUUACUGGACAGGACCUAGUCCUGUAUCUGGGAGUUUGGCUUGGAUCACACACUCACCCUGUGGGUAAACUGCCAGAUUAUCUGUAAUGCCAAGGAUAGGGUGUCUGCCACUCUUCCUGGGUAGAUGACAAUCAGCGCUAGUGCCUAUUUGGUGCUGUUUUCAUGUAAGUGGGGCGGGGGGUGUGUAAGAAAGAGAUUAAUCUAUUGGCAGGGAGUUACCAGUGGAGGAUCAGAGACUGUGAUGGUUUGUGAUGAACGGGGAUCCUUAAUGAGGGUUGGCACGAUGAGCAGAGAGGGCAAACUGAGUGCCGCCAGUGUAAAAAUUCUCUGGGUAUAGUGAGGAGACAAUAAACAGAAAUAUCCUGAGACUAACCCCAAUCUUCAGCCUGGCUCACCUGGGGGAUGCCAAUCCCCAGCCACCAGCGGGCAGCAGCCAAUCCCAGAUAUCACUGAUCCUGAAAUUGUCCCAAUCCCAGGAUCAUAGUGUGGAAUGUUCUAUCAUUGUAAUAAUCUGAGGGAUGCUGAAGCAGGGAUAGAUUGGUGGAAUUUUAAUAAGAAACUUUAUAACAGCUUGCAAAAUCUCAAGGAGUUUAAGUCAUAUGUUUUUAUAAAUAAAAUAUAUAUAAAUAGUUCAAUGACUAAGGGAAAUUUCUACUUGUACAAUGAGUGAGAGGUCAAUGCUCAUCACAAACGAUCCCAUAUAAUUUAAUAGAUUGUCUAUUUAUUUUAUGCAAAUCAGAUGAGCACUUUGUUCUUUUCCUGGGCGAGAUGGAUAAAAUGGCUGCUGAUAGUUCCUGACGAAGUCUGUAAGAUCUCUGGCAAGUGAACUCCUUGGCCAUUGGUUAAUGCACUCUUCACUAUGUCUAUGGGCAAAGGGCGGGAGAGGGCCAAGGUGCUGUUAACAGCAUUGGUGCAGGAGCCAGCAGAGGGUAUGAUGAGGGAGAGAGUGCUGGGGGAGCGUCAAAGACCAAAACUUUCAUGUAUGGCUUGAAAUAAAAUAUUUUUGAAAUCAAA